AUGGAAGAUUUAGUUCACGAAUACAAGGAACUGCAGAACGGAUUCAUGAUUGAAAAUUUUGAUGAAGAGCUUCGGCUUGAAGUUGGUGGGCCAGUUGUGGCAGAUAUGCCAGCCAAAGCUGGAUGCUGCUAUGUAAAAGUUGGCGGUUACUAUUCUUGUGAUAAGUGUACUGCAAAAGGAGAGUGGAACCGUGCCGGUAAAACGGUUAUCUUUAAAGAUCUGACUUGUGUCCUAAGGACUGAUGGCUCAUUCAGGGCUCGUAAACAAAAAGAUCACCAUCAUGGCAAAAGCAUUCUAGAAGAACUCGAUGUGGACAUGGUUGCUGACUUUCCUAUAGAUUACAUGCACUGCACGUGCUUAGGGACAACAAAGCGCCUCCUUGUGAUUUACAUCAAAGAAAGUCGGCUCUCCAAGGUGGCCAUUAAAGAGGCCUGCGAACUUUACAAGACAACCCUGUCGUCGAAACCAACAGAAUUUAGGUGGAAGACCAGCACUUUGGACUUAGAUAAAUUUGAAAAAGUUCAAGGCAAAACAAUUUAG